GGUAAGAAGUCAGAGGCCGGAUGUGUGCUAAGGAAACAAGCUGAGUUGCUGACAUUGUCUCACCCGUGAUGAUCGAAGUUUAUAAACGGAGUGAAAUAUCAACGUUUAGUUUCUGACUCUCAGGAGAAGAUUUCCUUUCCAGACCUGAACGUUUGUUUUCCACAAACUGCCUGGAAAAGAAAUGCUUUCCAGUUUUGUUCUGCUGGCGGCCUCCUUCACCACUUUCUUCUGCUGCGUGAGCAGCUGCACUUACACCUGUGAAGAUAAACCUGUGAUAACUCCAUCCAGACUGGUGGUGAAGUUUGGUGAUCCAGCCUCUGCUACAUGUGUAGCCUGUCAGCAGGCCUGUCUUCCCCCAGAUGAAAAUAUUAUUAAUAUUGAAGCUUCUCUUGGAACGUCUAACAUAAAUGGAAGCACAGUGAGCUGGACAGUGAACCAAAUGACUGAGUGGGAAUUAACUCCAAAAUGCUUCUAUACUACCGAAAAUGAUCAGUGCUGCACCAACUUGCCUAUUACUGUUUACAAACCUCCAGAAAGUGUGUCCUUCAGCAUAAAGCCCUCUGGACCUCUGAUUGAGGGUUCAGAGGUCAUCCUGCAGUGCGAUGUACUGAACGUUGCUCCGGCUAAAAACCUCAUUGUGACCUUUUACAGAGGUCAGAGGUCUCUAGGUGAAGAGAAAAGCAGCAAGACCACAAAGAAACCAGUCAAUGAGGAAUUUUCGUUGAGCUACAACAUCAGCAAAGAAGACAAUCAAGUCCAGUUCUGGUGUGAAGCGAAGCUGGAACUGGGAGCUGAAGGACCACAGCCCCCUCUAGUGGUGAAAUCAGACAAUCUCACUGCUACAGUUUAUUACGGACCUGAGCUGAAGGUUCCGGCUGAUCCCGCUCCAGUCAGCAUCGUUAGAGGAGAACCUCUCCAUUUGACCUGCGUGGCUGAAGGAAACCCCAAACCUCGGUACAACUGGACGCUGCCGUCCAACAAAGCCCACAGCAGUGUGACCGAUCUGAAAAUCGACUCAGUGGACUUUCAGGACGGAGGGCAAUAUGUCUGCACCGUCAGCAGCAACGGGAACUCUGUCAGUGUUAGAUUUGACGUAACAGUUCAAGAAAACAUCAUUCCGUACAUAAUAGGGGCCGUAGUAGCUACUGCGGUUCUGUUAUUGAUCGGCUCAGGAGUCUACAGUUUUUAUUACAAACAGAAGAAGAUGGGAGAAUACCGACCAAAAGACGUUUUCUGUUUGGCUGAAGUGCAUCCCCCCACAGUUCCUCUUUGUUAGUUGAUGGUUUCAGUGUUGUGAGAAAGUUACAGGAACUCUUUGUAUCUGGAAUCUGGAGGUUACAUGUUUUACACUCAGGCUACCAUGGAUUGCAGUUAUUUCCUCUUAACUAUUUGUACUUUAUGAAUCAUUUUUGUAACUUUUUUCUCUUAUUUUCUGCAGAAAACACCCAGCCGUACAUAAUAGGUGGCACAAUAGCUGCUGUGGUUGUGCUUUUGAUCACCGUUGUCGUUGCAGUCUACAUCUUUUACUACAAACCAAAGAAAAUGGGAGAGAGCCAACUAUAGGAUAUUCACCGUUACGACACAGUGCGUCACGGAGGGAAAAUCUGAGGCUGGAAAAUUCUUAGGUCCAGUGACACUGAGUCGUCUUGGUGUUCUUGCAAGUUCUCCCAUUUCCAACGAAGGACAUAAAUUCUGCUUCCUGUGUGGAAGUGUUCACUUGCUCCUUCCUGGACGGUUGGGUUGCAGUUUUCUGUUGUGUUUGGUUCAAACCUAUGCUCCUAUUUAGCUCAUUUCCUUGUUGCUAACGUUUGCCAUGUUAUCUAAGACCAUUGUAAUGAAUAUCUUAGAAGUUCUAUGUACAAUUUAAUUUGGGCUGUAUGUUGGUAUUAUGUCUUAGUGGUGGGAAACGUCUUACUUUCCGACUUAAACGCAGGAUUUAAAAUGACUUCCUAUUUAUUUUGGCCACCUUAAAACUUCUAUCUUAAAAAUAUCUGUCUGUUUCGUGUUGAUUGGAUGAUUUAAAACAGUGGUUGCUAAACAAUUUAUGAUAAAUACUGUAUGUGGAGCCUUGUGUCGUCUCUCAUGUUGUUUUCUGUCUAAUAGCUGUGUUUCCAUUACACAUGAACACACAAUUUUGCAAUUGCAGUGAUUCCAUGGAAUAAAAAUCAGAGCUUUGUGAAAUAUAUUAAUUUUGAUGCAGCCAAAAAAACCCAAAACAUCCUUAUCUUAGCGCAAAAUCUUUUUAUCAAGAAAAGAAAGAAAGUUGUAUUCUUCUAAACUCAUGUUUAAAGAGUGGGAUUGUUUUUUCUAAUUGUUUUCACAAAUACAAUUUUAAAAUUAUUUUUAUAAUUCUAAUUUGCGCAGUCAUACGGUCAGCAGUUACUGAUGGCUCAUCUGGUUUCUGUCUUUCUAAGACUUUAAAUAAAUUACUCUUCCAUUCUAUUUCCUCAUGUUCAUAUCCAGAUUUUUGCCAUGUUAAACCUGUUUUGUACUCUGACUUACUCAGACUUAAUCUGAAUUAAAUGCAAAUUAAUUUACAUUUAACUCCACUCCGACCAAUAAGAAUCCUUUCUACUUUAUGAUGUAAUAAACAAAUGCGACGCCCUGAUGGAAGAAUAUAAACAAGACAUUUUCUUACUAAUCACUUUGAUAUAUUUUGAUACAUUUUCUGCUCGUUUCUAAGUUCAGAGUUAUCAAGGAAACUAACAGUCGCUGCUCACUGUGGUUUAUUUUUGAACUCUUGACUUUUAUGUGUAAAGUCCCUCCCUUUCCUCCCUCUGUUUGCUUUGGCUUCCGCUUUUGGAGAAAACAACAAACCAGCCGUCUGUAUUUCAAUGCAGGUAUAAUUCAAUCUGUGUUACGUCAUCGUCUUGUUCUGUGUUUAACGUGAGAUUAGUUGUAGAGAAAAAUGUGAGAGUGAUCUGUGCUGUUUUGUCGACCCCAGUUCCAGUGUUUGU